AUGGAUGAUGAAUGGCUUGAGUAUGUAAGUGGAGGAUGUCUUGAGUAUCAUGAUCCUGAUAGUGAUUAUGAAAUAUUAGAUGACAAUGAAAGUUAUCUCGAAAAUGUAUCUGAAAUACCAUCCACUCCCAAAACUACAACUGACGAAAGUAUAACUACUGAUAAUGAGCAUAUUAUUAAUGACAUUGAUUUUGAUGAAGGAGCGUUGGAUCAUGCUGCAUCUGCUUUUGAAGACUUUGAACAAUAUGAAAGUGACAUUAAUUG